AUGGGCGAUGCUCGGGGGAACGCAGGUCUGGCAGCGGCAUACGCGGCCAAGAAGCUGGGGUUGCCAGUCACCGUCGUGGUCCCCAGCACCACCGGCCUCGCCACCGUGCGCAAGCUGGAGGAGCUGGGGGCGGAGGUGGAGGUGUGGGACGAAGCCAACAGGAGAGCCCUGGAGUUGGCACAGACCGAGGGCUGGGUCAGCAUCCACCCCUUCGACCACCCCUUAGUGUGGCAGGGUCACGCUGGCCUGGUCCGGGAGCUGAAGGAUUCACUGGAGACCAAACCGGACGCCAUCCUGCUGGCAGCGGGGGGCGGGGGGCUGCUGGCAGGCGUCGUGGCUGGCCUGCAGCAGGUGGGCUGGCAGGAUGUCCCCAUGCUAUGUGUGCAAUGAGUUGGCGGGUCUCAGCGCAGCUCUCUGAAGGGCCCUGGGACCACCCUGACCGCCUUCCUCCCCUCCUGUCCCAGCGUGGCCAAGUGCCUGGGAGCCAAGAUGGUGGCGGCGCGGGCGCUGGAAUGUGCCCAGGAGUGCCAGGUCAUCUCCCAGGUGGUGGAGGACACGGAGGCUGUGCGAGCUGUGGAGCAGUUCCUGGAUGAUGAGAGGAUGAAGAGCCAGCUGGGGCUGCAGUGA